CCGUGCGCGGCUCCGACAGCGUGCGUUUUUGUGAUUUAAAGCUGGGCGAUGCGUAAUUCUGCACACAAAGGUCGUGACUCGCAGUCGCUCGCUGAGUCCUGAUGCCUUGGUUCGCCAGAAAAGUUGAAUCGUCCCGCCGGUUGCCGUGCGCAAAGGUUACUCCACAUUCGUCGCUCGCGCUUUUGUUCAACCGCGCUCAGUCAUUACAACGUUUGUGCAGAGAAUAUUCAACGGGAUGCUUGAUUGAAAUUAAUUGACUCGUUCCGACAACAAUGGCAUCGGAAUUAAUCGGCUACUUGAAGGACCCGCAACUAGUCGCGUCGAUACAGCGAUUUUUUGGUGUCAACAUACAUUAUGGCAAACAUUGUGAGGGGCUCAAGUCCAGCGGAACAUGGCAAAGCGAACAGGACGAGGAUACUUGCACAAAAGCCGAUCGCAACGAGAGGAAGCACGUUCCGACUUGCCGUAAUCAAGAGCUAAAUGGCUGUGAUAGAAACAGUAAACGGACGGUCAAUGGAUGCACACAGCGGACGAGAUUCUUAGAACGACAAAGAAAUGAGCCGACUAACAAGUGUGAAGAAGCUGCAGCGGUUUUGAGCGGCACGCAUUAUACAAUCACUAAUUCAUUUUGGUACUAUUUAUUUCUGUUCGGAACCGAGCUAGGAGACGAGAUUUUCUACUCGACUUUUAUACCCUUUUUGUUUUGGAAUAUUGAUGGAGCAAUUGGCCGAAGGGUAGUGUUAGUAUGGGCCACUGUUAUGACUAUUGGACAAGCAUUGAAGGAUAUAAUUUGUUGGCCCAGGCCAGCGUGUCCACCAACCGUCAGGUUACAAAAUAAGUGGUCACAGGAGUACGGAAUGCCGUCUACUCAUGCCAUGAUUGGUGUCUCCAUUCCAUUUAGCAUAGUAUUAUUUACGAUAAAUAAGUAUAUUUAUCCACCUCUCAUCGGCUGUCUCAUCGCUUCCCUCUGGUGUGCACUCGUCAGUAUGAGCAGACUUUAUCUCGGUAUGCAUACCGUGCUAGAUAUCAUAGUGGGCUUAGUAUUGGCGUUCGUGCUAAUGAUUCCAUUGGUACCUGUAGUUGAUGUAACAAAUACUUACAUCAUCACGAAUGUUUGGCUAGUAGCGGUACUGGUUGGAAUUAGCAUUGCCGCUAUUGUCUAUUAUCCAUCCAGCGACAAAUGGACACCGACCAGAGGCGACACUGCCAUGGUCGUAUCGGUCACCGCAGGAGUUCACGUGGGAGCGUGGCUCGGUUAUUAUACUGGUAUAUUAAGCGCAUCGUCGCUUUCGCCACCGUAUACUAUCACUUGGCCAACGUGUUCCACGCUUGGUCAUUUGAUUCUUAGAACUGUAUUUGGCUUUGCCUGCGUAAUUGCGACGAAAAGUUCGUGCAAACUUUUUAGUUAUGUUACAUUAUGUGCCAUACUAGGAAUUAAUUGGAAGCAACUUAUGAGUUGCCAAGACUACAGCGGAAAUCAAAAUAAGGUGUUGGUUGAUCUAGUCUACAAAUAUCUAGCUUGUUUUAUGAUAGGUGUAAAUACAGUUUAUUUCUUGCCGCAAGUCUUCAGUAUGAUGGGUAUCGAACGACCGGCAUUUUUUACAGAAAUGUGAGAAACUUAACGUUUCCUUUGUUGUUCAGUUUACAUUAUUCCGUGAGAUAUAUUUUAUAUUUUGUUGUCUAUUGAGCUUUUGUAAUUUUUCCAAGAAAUCAUUUAUUUUUACUUUUUCAGGUUUAUCUUAGAUAGAAACGUAAUUUACUGAAUUAAAACUUAAUGCUUUCUUCCAAAAAUUACCAAAAUUAAUAGGCACUUUAGAAUUAAUAUGAAAUCUAACAAAAUUUCAAUCAUCUUAAUAACGUGUGAAAACAAAUUCUUAAGAAUCGAAAAAGGAAUAAACAUAAGAACCAAA